GGCAGGCAGGCAGGCAGGCGGCACAACAACAUGGAGCCGGAGAUGGAAGACAAAACCCUGGAGCUGAUGUUGCAUGCGGUUUGGGACGGAGCCCAGAUCAGUGUUCUGGGAGCGUCCAGUCAUUGAUUGCAGUGGUGUUACUGCGCCAUUCAGUCCUGGACUGGAGACCAGUUAACCAGUGCAUGAGGAAGUGAACUCUUAGUAGGUGAAUAUCAUCAAAGGCUAUAUAUUAAAGUGCAGAGAAAUGACGUCAUGACCUUUUACUUUGUCAGUAACAGUCUGAACCUGUCUGUGAUGGAGUCACAGAAUCUCACUGACGACCUCUCGCCAAAGAAGACGACAGUUUUUAAGCUGGGAAAUGGUACUCUGUCUGGCUCGAAGAAACGUCUGUCACACGCUACCUUUGAGAAGGAGAAGGAGAUGUGUAUCCAGAUGUUCGAGCAGUGGUCAGAGGCUGAUCAGGUGGAAUUUGUGGAGCAUCUCAUCUCACGAAUGUGCCACUACCAGCAUGGCCACAUCAAUUCUUACCUCAAACCCAUGCUACAGAGAGACUUUAUAACAGCCCUGCCAGCGCGGGGUCUAGAGCACAUAGCAGAGAACAUCCUGUCGUUUCUGGAUGCCCGUUCUCUGUGCGCGGCUGAGCUGGUGUGUCGCGAGUGGCACCGGGUCAUCUCGGAGGGCAUGCUGUGGAAGAAGCUCAUUGAGAGGAUGGUGCGCACUGAUGCACUGUGGAAAGGCCUGUCUGAAAGACAUCAAUGGGAGAAGUACUUGUUCAAAAACCGCACAAAUGAAGUCCCACCCAACUCAUACUAUCGCUCACUCUACCCUAAAAUUAUACAGGACAUUGAGACGAUUGAAGCAAACUGGCGCUGUGGCAGACACAACCUGCAGAGGAUCCAGUGCAGAUCAGAGAACAGCAAAGGGGUUUACUGCCUCCAGUAUGAUGACGACAAGAUCAUCAGCGGCCUCCGAGACAACUCCAUUAAGAUCUGGGAUAAGCACACACUGGAGUGUCUGAAGAUUCUCACAGGUCACACUGGUUCAGUUUUGUGUCUGCAGUAUGAUGACAGAGUAAUAGUCACCGGUUCCUCAGACUCGACUGUCAGGGUUUGGGAUGCGAAUUCCGGGGAAGUUCUGAACACUCUGAUCCACCACAACGAGGCAGUCCUUCACCUACGUUUCUGUAAUGGCCUGAUGGUGACAUGUUCUAAAGAUCGCUCCAUCGCAGUGUGGGACAUGGCCUCCGCCACUGACAUCAGCCUGCGGCGUGUGCUCGUGGGCCACCGGGCCGCCGUCAAUGUCGUCGACUUUGAUGACAAAUACAUCGUCUCAGCCUCAGGAGACAGAACUAUAAAAGUGUGGAGCACCAGUACCUGUGAAUUUGUCCGAACGCUAAAUGGACAUAAGCGAGGCAUUGCCUGCCUCCAGUACAGAGACAGACUGGUGGUCAGCGGUUCCUCAGACAACACCAUACGAUUGUGGGAUAUUGAGUGUGGGGCAUGUCUGCGAGUCUUGGAAGGUCACGAGGAACUCGUUCGGUGCAUUCGGUUUGACAACAAGAGGAUCGUCAGUGGAGCAUACGACGGGAAGAUUAAAGUGUGGGAUUUGCAGGCUGCUCUGGACCCUCGUGCUCCAGCCAGCACACUCUGUCUGCGCACACUAGUGGAGCAUUCUGGCCGCGUUUUCCGUCUCCAGUUUGAUGAGUUCCAAAUCAUCAGCAGUUCCCAUGACGACACCAUCCUUAUAUGGGACUUCCUGAAUGUCUCCUCCAAUGGACAGCCAGACGGACUCCCUUAUGCAGCCAGAUCGCCCUCGCGCACUUACACGUACAUCUCCAGAUAGCGGGUACAUGUGCCUUUGAUGUGUGCCAGUGUGUCCUGGGAAAGCUGAGAGCUGAUUGGCUACAGGCUUUGUCUGUCCCAGAAAAGAGUGAAAGGAACUGCCUCCUUAUUUUCAUCUCUGGUCUGAUGGGAAGCUUCUCCAGUAACACUCAACAAGUUUGCCACAGAAACUUUCACACACCAACUAUGAGCCGAUGUGGAACCCCUGUCUCUGUAAUACAGUAGCACAUAGCACAAUUUUAACAGUUUUGCUCUGCAUUAAUUCUAGAUUCACACUGCAAAUGGCAUUUAGAAGCUUGAAAUGAUAUCUAUUGCCAGACUAUUGCUAAGACGUUCUUAGAAUAAUAAUAUAAACUCUUGAUACCUGCACUAACUCCCCCACCCAUGUAUACAAACAACACUAUCCAUAGAUGAUUUAACUUUCCCACUUCUCUUCUGAAACUGCUGAAGGGACAGACUGCGAUGUUUGAGAAAGAGACUCUUAAUGAACCUGCCAAGGAAAAUGGAGUGAAUGGACUACAUGGACAGACUAGUGAAGCAUUUCUAUCUCGUUGUCUGUCUAGCCCUGGGCUUUUCUCCCGGACUAGAAACAUGCGCGCGCACACUCUUAUUUAAGUGUCGGAGAAUGACCGCUCUGCGUCGGCAGAACGGAGUUUGAUUUCUCCACCUCGUCUCGUUCUUGUCUCAAGGCUGAGGCGGGCAUGGUGCAUGUGAGACGGUGUGGAAGCCCUCCUCCUAGCUUUGCUUUCUUCUUUUUUUUUUUUUUUUAAACUUUGAUUUGUUUUAUUCCUUUUUUUAUUUAAGUGUACUCAUUUUCAUUGUAUACUUAUGCUAGGCAUUGUAGAGCUCUUUGUUCCACUCAGUGGCUAGUGUUUCUCAAAUCUCUCUCUCUCUCUCUCUCUCUCUCUCUCUCUCUCUCUUUCUGCUUGCUGUAUGAUAGCGGAUUCUAGUUGUAAACCAAACUGUCUUGUCCAAGAUUGUGUUGUAUAUUAAAAUUAUUAUUUUUUAAGAAAGACAUUUAUUGUGAAUAAAGUACAAGACCAUGGCGAU